GGUUCCGGAAACCUGAAUGUUUUUGAAAACAUAUAGCCAUGAAGCCGAACGCUGUGUUCUUUGUUGUCCUCCAGCUGGCUGCGGCAUUGGCUGUCCUAGACUCAGAGCUAGCCUCUUCGUGCAUAUACUACAUGAAGAAUUUCAACUGGGAUUGCGGAGAUAAAGGCCAAGCCAACAGACAAUACAGGUGCCGGUGUCAGAAUAUCGACUGGGUCGGGUCCGUGGCCAAUUGCAUCGAGAUGCAGAGCACGAACACCCAUGAAAUCAGCCAUGCUUGGAAACACUUGUCAACACAAUGCUUGCAAAAGUCCGGCUUACGUUAUACCGUAGACCGGCUUGCAGAGUACCUGCAGAAUGCCUCCCAGUACAUGCAAGCGGCACCCGCCAAUAUUUCCAUCCGGAUAGAAACGCCUAUAUCUCCAGACACUUCCACACUUAAGAAGUAUCAAGCGUCGUUCAGAGAUCUCAGCCAUCACGUGUUCAAGGCACAGUGGCUUGGCUGGGGGCUUGUUUUCUAUUGGGCCGCGUACAUCGGAUAUCUCACGGCAGCCAAUAUUCUUUGGGUGUGGUUCCGCGUGUCGUUGUUUCCUAAACCUGUCAGGCAGUGGUACCAGAAGUACAUGCUAAAGCCGACAUUUAUUCUUGGGCUUCUGAUCUGGGAUGUCCUGCUCGCGACAGGCUUUGUAGCCCAGGCGAUUUUGAGCACCUCUUUAUCGUAUACCGUGACGCGUCCAAACAUGUACAUCGACGAUGCAUAUCGCCUCACGCUCGAGUUGCUUGCCAACAGGAGUGCCGUGCUUUCUGUCUCUUUGAUGCCGGUGGUGUAUGUUUUUGGACUUCGAAACAACCCAUUUUGCUGGACCACUGGGCUACCGCAGGCUACAUUUAUUCGGUACCAUAAAGUCGUGGCCAUUGUGAUGGCAAUUGAAAUCUUGGUGCAUUCUAUCGCAUGGUCCGUCUACGCCGUAGUCUUUGAAGGCUAUGCCGACAUGGUUCUGGAAGCCUACUGGCGGUGGGGUAUGGUGGCCACGACUGUUCUGAUUUUAAUGUUGAGCCAGAGCGUGUCGUGUAUCCGCAAUGCAAUGUACGAGACAUUCUUGGUGAUUCACAAGGUGUUUGGCUCGGUUUUCAUUGUAAGCAUGUGGCAACACUGCUCUCUUCUUGGCUGGAUGGGCUGGGUUUAUGCAACCAUUGCCCUCGCCACAUACGAACGAGUUGCAAGACUAUUCAAGACUUUCUUCAUCAACGGAGGGUUCCAGAAAAUCACAAUCAAUGUGAUAGAUAGCAGGGUCAUCAAAGUGAACGUGGCAAAAUCGGCACUCCACGACACUUUCUACCAGCCCGGGUCGCAUGUGUUUGUUUCGUUCUACCACUGGCCCAUUUGGCACCGAUGCUGGCAGUCCCACCCAUUUACCAUAAUCUGCUCACCCGUGGAAAAUCAGGGUGUUUUCGUGAUGUACAUCCGCAUCAAAAAGGGCACCACUGCCGCCCUCGCCAAAUUGAAAGGCGAUGACAAGGGUACUGUUUGCAUGUGGCUGUUGAUAGAGGGCCCGUACGGAAAUGGCGUAUCUAAGUUCCAAGCUAAUGAACAGCUAGUGGGGAUUGCAGGUGGACUUGGCGUAUGUGCAUUGCUCCCGACGUUCCAUCAAAACCCUCAAGACUCGAUGCUCUACUGGUCCGUCAACAAUACGACGGACAUUGCGUACUUAGAUCUGAAUUUGAGGCAUUUGAUUUCUCAAGGCUGCCAAGUGCACGUUUAUCUCACAAGAAAUGAGAAAGAAAAGCCAAGCACGGAGGAAGUCAAAUGGAAUUAUGUGACUGUCUUGGGGGAGAGACCCAGAGUGGCAGAAUGGGUGACUGAAAGUAUCAAACGGGGUAUUUGUAUGCAAAAAACAGACACGUAUGUGCUAUCAUGCGGGCCAGGUCUUAUGGACGGGGAUGUGCAAAGAAGCGUGAGUGAAAACACGAGAGUUGAUCUGCACCACAACGUGCAUUUUCAUCGUGAGAAUUACCAGUGGUAA